AUGGCGCAACAUUUGGAGGUAAAGCGCACGGGAGGAUUCCCGCUCACAAUUACACUCCCGGAAGUAAAAGGUCAUCACCGGAAGAAGGUCACCGGCAUUGCAUUCAAGAUGGCGAGCCCCUUGUGUCAGUGUUACCAAAUCUUUCUAAGAAGAUGCUCGGUAGCAUUCCCCUCGUCUUACCUGCUGCUUCACAACAGACUCAAUGUCUACAGAAUACGUGGGGUCAUCACGUGUUCUUCACAGGGGCCUCAGUCACGUCUCCUGCAGGUACGGUAUAUGUCCAGGGAGAGAGGCAGCAGAAAGGGUUUCCUUGGGGAACUUCUGGACAACAUUAAGCAGGAGCUAAAUAAGAACAAGGAAAUGAAAGACAGCAUCAAGAAGUUCCGAGAGGAGGCCCAGAAAUUGGAAGAGUCGGAUGCAUUGAAACAAGCUCGAAGAAAAUACAAAACAAUAGAAACUGAAACAGUGAAGACCUCCGACGUUCUCAAGAAGAAGUUUGGAAACUUCUCUGAGACCGUUAAAGAGGGGCUGGAGGAGGUUAGUCGUACAGAAAUAGGUAGGAAAAUCAAAGAUGGGAUGGAAGAAGCAGCCAAAACAGCUAAGAAUUCAGCAGAGUCCGUCUCUAAAAGUGGAGAGAAGUUGGGGAAGAGUGGCGCGUUCAGAGCGAUAUCACAGGGCAUGGAGAGCGUGAAGCAGGAGAUCGGUGACCUGGGUCACACCGGCCCUUAUCGGCCGCCUGCCAGGCUCCGGAAGAGGAGUGAGUUCUCCUCCAAGGGGGCGGGAGACGACAGCAAGGUCUUUGAGGCCAACGAGGAAGCAAUGGGCAUGGUUCUUCACAAAGACUCAAAAUGGUACCAGCAGUGGAAGGACUUCAAAGACAACAAUUUGGUCUUCAACCGAUUCUUUGAGAUGAAGAUGAAGUACGAUGAGAGUGACAACACGCUCAUCAGAGCGUCCCGCGCUGUCACCGACAGGAUGACGGACCUCCUAGGGGGGCUGUUUUCUAAGACGGAGAUGUCCGAAGUGCUAACAGAGAUUUUGAAGGCGGACCCAUCGUUUGACAAGGAUUCCUUCCUCAAACAGUGCGAACGAGAUAUCAUCCCCAAUAUCCUGGAGGCGAUGAUCCGAGGGGAGCUGGAAGUAUUGAAGGACUGGUGUUAUGAAGCGACGUACAGCCAGCUGGCACAUCCCAUUCAGCAAGCCAAGGCCAUGGGACUCCAUUUCCACUCUAAGAUCCUGGACGUUGACAAUGUUGAUUUGGCCAUGGGGAAGAUGAUGGACCAGGGCCCCGUGCUGAUAAUCACCUUCCAGGCUCAGUUGGUCAUGGUGAUCCGAAACACCAAAGGAGAGGUGGUGGAGGGAGACCCUGGGAAGGUGCUGAGGAUGAUGUACGUGUGGGCUCUGUGUCGAGACCAGGAGGAGCUCAACCCGUAUGCUGCCUGGAGGCUACUUGACAUCUCGGCCUCGAGCACGGAGCAGAUCCUUUAACCCGUGAAUAUGCACGGGUCACUCGGAGAGAGAACACGCCGUACCUCGGCAGGCCCUGGAGCUGGCUUUGAAGGGGCGUGAAGAUGAGGGACCCUGCUCACACUAGGGGGCAGUAGAUUACCAACAGCUCUCCUUCACCGCAUGUUCUUCAAUGACUGUGUGGUUGUCCAAUCGGUGUGGUGCAUCGCAGUUCUUGGUAUUCAAUGGAUACAUUAAGUUAAUUAACAAAAAAAUCUGUCAUGAAAAUGAAAAUCAUUUUGGAAAAUUGAGCAGGCUGAUUCGUAAGUGAGCGCCUGAACUUCAGGUUUAUGAAAAUGUCAACAAUCUUGGGUCUACUCGCUUUCCUAGAUCCUUCUUUGUAUAAUAAUUGUCCACUGUAAUUGUUAAGAUGUGAGUCUAUAUUUAUUAUGAAGAAAUAAAGAGGAUCCCAGUGUUUCACACAAACCUUCAGCCUUGCAAAUGG